GUACUCGCCAGCUUCAGCGAAUGUCACCGACUUCAGAGACAAGACACCAGUCUGGGACAGCACCGUGGAGCCCUGUUGAACACACACAGCUGGGUUUUGUUUUACAUGGUGGCGCAGCAGGAAGAUCGGAAUGAACUGAACCAAGAGGUUGUGAGGUCAAAUCCCAGGCAGAGGCUUGGAGUCCUGGAACCAGAUGAUCCUGGGCUGGGGGUGACCGUUAUGGCUCACACACUGGCCCACCUGAUACACACACACAGAGAGAGAAGGGGAAAGAUACUCAGCAACUGGAUGACAAUGGAAGAACAUUGGAGGACAAUGGAAGAACAUUGGAGGACAAUGGAAGAACAUUUGAGGACAAUGGAAUAACAUUAGAGGACAAUGGAAUAACAUUGGAGGACAAUGGAAGAACAUUGGAAGACAAUGGAAGACCAUUAGAGGACAAUGGAAGAACAUUGGAGGACAAUGGAAGAACAUUAGAGGACAAUGGAAGAACAUUGGAGGACAAUGGAAGAACAUUAGAGGACAAUGGAGAACAUUGGAGGACAAUGGAGAACAUUGGAAGACAAUGGAAGAACAUUGGAAGACAAUGGAGAACAUUGGAGGACAAUGGAAGAACAUUGGAGGACAAUGGAGAACAUUGGAGGACAAUGGAAGAACAUUGGAAGACAAUGGAAGACCAUUAGAGGACAAUGGAAGUACAUUGGAAGACAAUGGAGAACAUUGGAAGACAAUGGAAGAACAUUGGAAGACAAUGGAAGAACAUUGGAGGACAAUGGAAGAACAUUGAUUGGAAGACAAUGGAAGAACAUUGAAAGACAAUGGAAGAACAUUGAUUGGAAGACAAUGGAAGAACAUUAGAGGACAAUGGAGAACAUUGGAGGACAAUAGAAGAACAUUGGAAGACAAUGGAAGACCAUUAGAGGACAAUGGAAGAACAUUGGAAGACAAUGGAGAACAUUGGAGGACAAUAGAAGAACAUUGGAAGACAAUGGAGAACAUUGGAGGACAAUGGAAGAACAUUAAAGGACAAUGGAAGAACAUUGGAAGACAAUGGAAGAACAUUGGAAGACAAUGGAGAACAUUGGAGGACAAUAGAAGAACAUUGGAAGACAAUGGAAGACCAUUAGAGGACAAUGGAAGAACAUUGGAAGACAAUGGAGAACAUUGGAGGACAAUGGAAGCACAUUAAAGGACAAUGGAAGAACAUUGGAGGACAAUGGAAGAACAUUGGAGGACAAUGGAAGAACAUUGGAAGACAAUGGAAGAACAUUAGAGGACAAUGGAAGACCAUUAGAGGACAAUGGAAUAACAUUAAAGGACAAUGGAAGUUUACAGGACAAAUAGUUGAAACCAACCUGUGUGGAGGAGUCACCAACAGAUAUGGCCUGGUUGGAUCCAGUGACCUCUGGCAUCUCUGGAGCGACUGAGGAAGAGAGAGUUAUAAUCUCAGAUCAGAGCUUUACAAAAUGCAAGUCCACUAUUCACACAUUUUCUGAUAUAUAUAUAGUUCCAGUGCACCUGAACCAAUCACAGGACGGAAACACUCAGAGCCUUGACACAGACAAGAAGAGCUCGAGGUGCCAAGCUCACGUCACCCUGAGAGAGACGAGUGGCAUUCAUUUACUGUAGCUACAGUAACACAGACACACAUAUGUACGCAGUGCAUGCACAAACAUGCAUGUACACACACACACACACACACACACACACACACACAUACACACACAAACACAAACACACAACCACACACGCCUCCAAUUAGGGCAAUGGUAAACAUCCCUGUGUGGAUUAUUCCACUGUGACCUCGGUUUCAGUGGGCUGAUACGGGUCACAGACAAGAGACACACUCCUUGUUCUCUCUCUCACACACUGCUGUGUGUUCCCUCUGUUUCUAUCUCUCUGUCAUCAAUGUAUCUCUCACUCCCUCGCUCAUUCACAUGCAAGGUCAUGGUAUCGCAGCGAGACCACAGCUGCCGUCUGACUAUAAUAAUAAACAGCAGACAUUUAAUAACAUUGACAUGAUCUCCCUAUCUCUCCCUUACGUCACUCUCUCACCUACCUCAACCUUUCUCUCUCUCCCACCUCCAUAUAUCUCUCCCGCUCUCUCAGCUCCCUCUAUCUAUCUCUAUCUAUAUCUUUCUCUCUCUCUGCCCAAUCUAUCUUUUUCUCUCGAACCUCCCUCUAUCUUUCUCUCUCUCUGCCCAAUCUAUCUUUUUCUGCCCAAUCUAUCUUUUUCUCUCGAACCUCCCUCUAUCUUUCUCUCUCUCUGCCCAAUCUAUCUUUUUCUCUCGAACCUCCCUCUAUCUUUAUCUCUUACUUCCCUCUCUCUUUCUCUCUUUCACCUCCCUCCAUCUUUCUCUCUAUAUCUCACCUCCCUCUAUGUUCCUCCCUCUCUCCUCCCUCCAUCUUUCUCUCUCUCACUUCCCUCUAUCUCACUAUCUCUUUCUCUCUCUGCCCCAUAUAUCUUUCUCUCUCUCACCUCCCUCUAUCAUUCACUAUCUCUCACCUCCCUCUAUCCUUCACUAUCUCUCACCUCCCUCUAUCUUUCUCUCUCUCUCUCACCUCCCUCCAUCUUUCUCUUUCACCGUACCAUCUAUCUUUCUCUCUCUCACCUCCACCAAUCUUUCUCUCUCUAUCUUUCUCCCUGUCUCCUCCCUCCAUCUUUCUCCCUCUCCCCCUCUCCACCUUUCUCUCGCUCUGACCUCCCUCCAUCUUUCUCUCAUUCACCUCCCUCUAUCGUUCUCUCUUUUACCUCCCUCUAUUUUCUGUCUCGAACGUCCCUCUAUCUUUAUCUCUUACUUCCCUCUCUCUUUCACCUCCCUCUAUAUUUCUCCCUCUCUCCAUCUUUCUCUCUCUCACCUCCCUCUAUCUUUCUUUCUUUCUUUCGCUCUCCUCCCUCUAUAUUUCUCUCUCUCUCUCCUCCCUCUAUUUUCUCUCUCUCACCUCCCUCUAUCUUUCUCUCUCUGCCCUCUAUAUUUCUCUCUCUCUGUCCCAUCUAUCUAUCUUUCUCUCACUUACCUCCCUCUAUCUUUCUCUCUCCUCCCUCUAUCUUUCUCUCUCUUCUCCCUUUAUCUUUCUCUCUCCUCCCUCUAUCUUUCUCUCUUUCUGCUCCCGCCAUCUUUCUCUCUCUCUUUCCUCCCUCUAUCUUUCUCUAUCUCACUUCCCUCUAUCUUUCUCUCACCUCCCUCUAUCUUUCUCCCUCACUCCUUCCUCCAUCUUUCUCCCUCUGUACUCCCUCCAUCUUUCUCUCUCUCCUCCCCAUCUGUAUUUCUCUCUCUCACUUCUCUCCAUAUUUCUCUAUCUCUCACCUCCCUCUAUCUUUCUCAAAUCAAAUCAAAUUAUAUUUGUCACAUACACAUGGUUAGCAGAUGUUAAUGCGAGUGUAGCGAAAUGCUUGUGCUUCUAGUUCCAACCAUGCAGUAAUAUCUAACAAGUAAUCUAACAAUUUCACAACAACUACCUUAUACACACAAGUGUAAAGGAAUGAAUAAGAAUAUGUACAUAAAGAUAUAUAUGGAUGAGCGAUGGCCGAACGGCAUAGGCAAGAUGGUAUAGAGUACAGUAUGUGCAUAUGAGAUGAGUACUGUAGGGUAUGUAAACAUUAUAUAAAGUGGCAUAGUUUAAAGUGACUAGUGAUACAUUUAUUACAUCCAAUUUUUCAUUAUUAAAGUGACUAGAGAUUUGAGUCAGUAUGUUGUCAGCAGCCACUCAAUGUUAGUGAUGGCUGUUUAACAGUCUGAUGGCCAUGAGAUAGAAGCUGUUUUUCAGUCUCUCGGUCCCAGCGUUGAUGCACCUGUACUGACCUCGCCUUCUGGAUGAUAACGGGGUGAACAGGCAGUGGCUCGGGUGGUUGUUGUCCUUGAUGAUCUUUUUGGCCUUCCUGUGACAUCGGGUGGUGUAGGUGUCCUGGUGGGCAGGUAGUUUGCCCCCGGUGAUGCAUUGUGCAAACCUCACUAACCUCUGGAGAGCCAUACGAUUGUGGGCGGAGCAGUUGCCGUACCAGGCGGUGAUACAGCCCGACAGGAUGCUCUCGAUUGUGCAUCUGUAAAAGUUUGUGAGUGUUUUUGGUGACAAGCCAAAUUUCUUCAGCCUCCUGUAUUCAGCCUCCUGAAUUUCACCACGCUGUCUGUGUGGGUGGACCAUUUCAGUUGUGAUAUGUACGCUAAGGAACUUAAAACUUUCCACCUUCUCCACUACUGUCCCGUCGAUGUGAAUAGGGGGGUACUCCCUCUGCUGUUUCCUGAAGUCCACGAUCAUCUCCUUUGUUUUGUUGACAUUGAGUGUGAGUUUUUUUUCCUGACACCACACUCCGAGGGCCCUCACCUCCUCCCUGUAGGCUGUCUCGUCGUUGUUGGUAAUCAAGCCUACCACUGUAGUGUCGUCUGCAAACUUGAUGAUCGAGUUGGAUGCGUGCAUGGCCACGCAGUCAUGGGUGAACAGGGAGUACAGGAGAGGGCUGAGAACGCACCCUUGUGGGGCCCCAGUGUUGAGGAUCAGCGGGGUGGAGAUGUUGUUUCCUACCCUCACCACCAGGGGGCGGCCCGUCAGGAAGUCCAGGACCGGGCGGGGUUGAGACCCAGGAUCCUGAGCUUAAUGACGAGUUUGGAGGGUACUAUGGUGUUAAAUGCUGAGCUGUAGUCGAUGAAUAGCAUUCUCACAUAGGUAUUCCUCUUGUCCAGAUGGGUUAGGACAGUGUGCAGUGUGGUUGCGAUUGCCUCGUCUGUAGACCUAUUGCGGCGGUAAGCAAAUUGUAGUGGGUCUAGGGUGUCAGGUAGGGUGGAGGUGAUAUGAUCCUUGACUGGUCUCUCAAAGCACUUCAUGAUGACGGAGGUGAGUGCUAGGCAUUUCGCUCAGUUAAUUUAGCUUUCUUGGGAACUGGAACAAUGGUGACCCUCUUGAAGCAUGUGGGAACAGCAGACUGGGAUAAGGAUUGUUUGAAUAUGUCCGUAAACACACCAGCCAGCUGGUCUGCGCAUGAUCUGAGGACACGGCUGGGGAUGCCGUCUGGGCCGGCAGCCUUGCGAGGUUUAACACGUUUAAAUGCUUUACUCACGUUCGCUGCGGUGAAGGAGAAGCGAGCAAAGAAGUUGUUUAGUUUGUCUGGGAGUAGGACAUCGUGGUCCGCGAUGGGGCUGGUUUUCUUUUUGUUGUCCAUGAUUGACUGUAGACCCUGCCACAUACCUCUCGUGUCUAAGCCGUUGAAUUGAGACUCUACUUUGUCUCUAUACUGACGCUUAGCUUGUUUGAUUGCCUUGCGGAGAGAAUAGCUACACUGUUAGUAUUCGGUCAUGUUUCCGGUUGCCUUGCCCUGAUUAAAAGCAGUGGUUCGCGCUUUCUAUCUUUCACCUCCCUCUAUCUUUCUCUCUCUCUCCUCCCUCUAUCCUUCUCUCUAUAUGUCUCUCUCUUCUCCCUCUCUCUAUCUUUCUUUCUCUCACCUCCCUCUAUCUUUCUCUCUCUCCUGCCAACACCUUUCUCUCUCACACUUCCCUCUAUCUCCCUCUCUCCAUCAUCUCCCUCUAUCAUUCUCUCUCUCUUUCCUCACUCCAUCUUUCUCUCUCUCACCUCUCCCUAAUUCUUCUCCUUUCACUCCUCUCUUUCUAUAUUGCUCUCUCUCCUCUGUCUUGCUCCUCAUUGUUCUUCCAGGUGUCUGUUUGCUGACUAGAACUGUCAGAAAUGUAACACAUUGUUUAACAUGGGUGUCAGUUUCCACAUGGAAAUGAAAGAAAGCAAGUUAGACGUCAUAGAGAGGGAAGUAGCAUGCAUGGAUGCACGCGCACACACACACACACACACACACACACACACACACACACACACACACACGUGCGCACACACACGCACACACACAGCUGAGGGAAAUGGAGGCAGGAUAUAUGGUGUCAGGGAGUGUAUCAUUGUGUCCCAUUCUGCUCAGACCAUUAUACCUGCUGCUGUAGUGUAAACCUCCCUAAGGAAGCCCAUUGUUUCAGAACACUUGUCGAGAGUCAUUAAAAAACUGCUCCUAUUCAGUAGGGAGAGGAAGGCAGACAAAGAGGAGAUACAGUACUUUAGGGAACAGUCCUGAGUGGCCUGUUAAAGUCUAUAGUCAGGUAUUUGACCUGUCGUAAUGAAUUGUAUCAGUGCUCCAUUAAGGUACUCUUUAUAAUGCAGGCUGUAUCACCACCGGCCGUGAUUGAGAGUCCCAUAGGGCGGCGCACAAAUGGCCCAGCGUCGUCCAGGUUUGGCCGGGGUAGGCCGUCAUUGAAGUGUCACUCAAUUCUCUAACCAACACCAUUCACCCUCUACCCCCAUUGGCCCAACCCAAAAUAAGGAUAUUUAUUGAUAUUGGGCCAUCCCCAAACACUAUAUUCCUGGUGUAUUUUAACACUAGGAAUAGGAUUGCUAAUGUGUUGGGGUUAGAGGUUGACAAGGACACAACGACCCAGUCUGGGGUCAGCUCUCAUCACCAUGGCAAUAAUUCAGGAGAAUUCUGGACGGUCAUUAAGAUGACAUCUAUUAGACAUGACAGAUGCAAUUGAACUAUUAAUAAAUUGUGUCAAGUGUGAUGUUCAUAGGACUAAUUGACCUCUGGGCAGCUUAUUAGAGAUAGUUUUCUCUCAAAGAAAAAAAUGAAUAAUAAUUAUCUAGAUUUCUUACAAAGAUGAAAUGUUAAGGUGCAAGAAAGAGUUUUCCUUUCACGCCCAUUUAUUAUCUGAAUCAUUUUACGUUGUUCUACUCAGUAUUUAUGUUCAUGUUCAUGUAUAAUGUUCAUGUAUAAUGUUUAUUAUUGACUACACUCUGCAAUGCAAAAAUAAUAUUGUUCAUUCACUAAGUUUAUACGUUAAUCAUUGAUUUAGACCAGUGGUCACCAAACUACGGCCCGCGGGCCGGAUACGGCCCGUCAGCACAUUUGGCCCGGCCCUCUGAACAAUACCAGAGACGCUAUCGAAUUUUUUUCCUAUUUGGCCUCCAGAAAAAAAAUCCUAGGCCCGGCCCUGUCAAAGAGAGAACGGAAUAAUGGCGAAAAGGUUAGGUAAGAGAAAAAUUGAUUCAGAAUGCAGGGUAUUUAACCUGCAGUGGACAAA